CGCAGUGCUGCACCCUCGCCCCGCCCUCCCGGGUGUCCCUCAGCCAACAUGGCGGCGCCCUGUGCGUCCCUCGGCGCGGUGGUUUCCUGCCGGCUGUUCCUCGGGAGUCGGGUCAUCCUCGCCCGGAGCAAGGGGCCUUGGGGAGCUUCGGCGGCCGGCCUGCAGGCAGGAGCCGCACCCCAGCUAUCAAGGCUAAUUCGUACUACAGUUGUAACAACAAAGAAAAAUGUUCCUGCCUCCAGACAUGAGCCGUACACAGAAGACUUUAUUAAAAAGCAGGUUGAAGAGUUCAACAUAGGGAAAAGACACUUGGCCAACAUGAUGGGGGAGGACCCAGAGACUUUCACGCAAGAGGACGUUGACAGAGCUAUUACUUACCUUUUUCCAAGUGGUUUGUUUGAGAAGCGAGCCAGGCCAGUAAUGAAGCAUCCUGAGCAGAUUUUUCCCAGACAAAGAGCAAUGCAGUGGGGAGAAGACGGCCGUCCAUUUCACUUCCUCUUCUACACUGGCAAACAGGCAUAUUACUCGCUGAUGCACGACAUAUAUGGGAAGAUCCUCCAGGCUGAAAGUCGUGAAAGUCAGUUGCCGCCCAAGAACCUGCUGCCAGCAAACACAGAAGUCAUAGAUCUGAUUGGCAGCAGAUGGCUGAUUAAGGAGGAACUAGAAGAAAUGUUAGUGGAAAAACUGUCAGAUCAAGAUUACGUGCAGUUCAUCCGGCUGCUGGAGAAGCUGCUGAGGUCGGCCUGCGGCCCCGGCGAGCAGGAGCUAGUGCGCAGGUUCCGCAGGAGCGUGGCGGCGCGGUCCCAGCAGCAGCAGAUCCCGCCCGUGCAGCAUGAUGCACAAGGCGCACCCUUCAGCAUAGGCCAAGGCAGGAGGAAGACUGCACAAGCGGAAGCAGUCGUCACCGCGCAGGGCAGUGGAAGGAUCCAGGUGAACGGCGAGGAUUACCUGCACUACUUCCCGGUCCUGCAGGACAGAGAGCAGCUGAUGUUCCCGUUCCACUUUCUGGACCGGCUUGGGAAGCACGACGUGACCUGCACCGUGUCCGGGGGCGGGAGGUCGGCGCAGGCGGGAGCCCUGCGCCUGGCCAUGGCCAGGGCUCUGUGCAGCUUCAUCAGCAAGGACGAGGUCGAGUGGAUGCGGCAAGCUGGCUGGACACGGAGCGGCCUCAGGAGAAUGCGCAUGUGUCCUCCAGCCUGGUCUCGAAUCCAGAGCUCUGGCAUCGGGACGGCCCUGAGCACUGCCCAGCCACUGCCUGGGAUGCAGCAUCAGCUUUGCCUGCUCUAAGCCCUCGGCCCUCAGCUUGUACUGAGCCUGGCCUGCUCACCACCGACCCGCGCGUGCGAGAGCGGAAGAAGCCGGGCCAGGAGGGCGCCCGCAGGAAGUUCACCUGGAAGAAGCGCUGAGUGGCACCGAGGUACUGCGGUCCCCAUUGCAGGCCAGGCUGGCAGCACUGCCUCCCUUAGAAACUUUGGGGCCCUGAUGGGAUGUAUUUUUAAGUGAGGCUUCUUAAAAGUUACCAUUAAAAAAUUAAAACUCAAA